GGCACUACUUACCCAGGCACCACUGUUCCAGGCACCACCAACUGCGGUCCAUCGAGCUCCGCUCCAUCCAGCUCUGCUCCAUCGAGCUCCGCUCCAUCCAGCUCUGCUCCAUCGAGCUCCGCUCCAUCCAGCUCUGCUCCAUCCAGCUCCGCUCCAUCCAGCUCAGCUCCAUCCAGCUCCGCUCCAUCCAGCUCAGCUCCAUCCAGCUCUGUUCCAUCGAGCUCUGCUCCAUCCAGCUCUGCUCCAUCCAGCUCUGUGGCCCCAAGCUCAGCUCCAUCGAGCUCUGCCCCAUCUAGCUCCGCUCCAUCGAGCUCUGCCCCAUCUAGCUCCGCUCCAUCCAACUCCGCUCCAUCCAGCUCCGCUCCAUCCAGCUCCGCUCCAUCCAGCUCCGCUCCAUCCAGCUCCGCUCCAGCCUCAUCUUGCGUGACUGUCCCAGGCACUACUAUCUUGGGAUCGACUGUCUCUGGUACUACUUACCCAGGCACCACUGUUCCAGGCACCACCAACUGCGGUCCAUCGAGCUCUGCUUCGAUCUCCUCUGCUUCAUCGAGCUUCUCUUCAAACUCUGUGUCGUACGGGAACAGCACAAUGUCUCCAACCACUAGGUCAUCUGGUUCUGUAUCACUAAGCUCUGCUCCAUCUAGCUCUGCUCCAUCGAGCUCUGCUCCAUCGAGCUCUGCUCCAUCGAGCUCUGCUCCAUCUAGCUCUGCUCCAUCGAGCUCUGCUCCAUCCAGCUCUGCUCCAUCCAGCUCUGCUCCAUCGAGCUCUGCUCCAUCCAGCUCUGUGGCCCCAAGCUCAGCUCCAUCGAGCUCUGCCCCAUCGAGCUCAGCUCCAUCGAGCUCUGCCCCAUCGAGCUCUGCCCCAUCCAGCUCUGCCCCAUCCAGCUCCGCUCCAUCGAGCUCCGCUCCAUCGAGCUCCGCUCCAUCGAGCUCCGCUCCAUCGAGCUCCGCUCCAUCCAGCUCUGUGGCCCCAAGCUCAGCUCCAUCGAGCUCAGCUCCAUCCAGCUCUGCUCCAUCCAGCUCUGCUCCAGCCUCAUCUUGCGUGACUGUCCCAGGCACUACUAUCUCGGGAUCGACUGUCUCUGGCACUACUUACCCAGGCACCACUGUUCCAGGCACCACCAACUGCGGUCCAUCGAGCUCAGCUCCAUCCAGCUCUGCUCCAUCUAGCUCCGCUCCAUCCAGCUCCGCUCCAUCUAGCUCCGCUCCAUCUAGCGGUGUUCCAUCUAGCUCCGCUCCAUCUAGCGGUGUUCCAUCUAGCUCUGCUCCAUCUAGCGGUGUCCCAUCUAGCUCUGCUCCAUCUAGCGGUGUCCCAUCUAGCUCUGCUCCAUCUAGCGGUGUUCCAUCGAACUCCGCUCCAUCUAGCUCCGCUCCAUCUAGCUUUACCACGCUUGCUGCGGCUUCGGAAAGCAGCUGCGUCUCAAUGCCUGCUUCUACGAUUUCUGCUAGGACCGUCUCUGGAACCACGUACCCAGCCUCUAUUGUGUCUGGAUCUGUCAGCUGUGGUCAAGUUAAGCCUAUCUCUACUGUCUACACUGAAAGUGUCGUGACUGUUACGUCUUCUGGUGUCGAAACUAUUUACACUACGACAUGUCCACUAAGUGAAGUCGAGGCCAGUGUUACUACUGCACCUUACUCUGAGGGGCUUGCGACCGUCACUGAGUCUGGAAAACCAUCCACAUUCACCACCAUUUACGGGACAGCAUCUCCAGCGAAUAACGAAGCCAGUGUAGCUGCUCAGUCUACCCGUUUCACUGAAUCUGUUGUCACUGUCACCGAGUCGGGUGUUGUGACUUCUUAUACUACAACCUGUCCACUCUCUGACCUAGUCAGUGCAACGAGUACUGGAUCCAGUCCAAGUGCAACCGAUUCCUCUGUCGAUGCCGCGUUUGUCUCUUCUGCUUCCGCCCCAGGUGCUUCCGCUUCUGCUCCAGGUGCUUCUGCCCCAGGUGCUUCCGCUUCCGCCCCAGGUGCCUCCGCCCCAGGUGCUUCUGCUUCUGCUUCUGCUCCAGGUGCUUCUGCUCCAGGUACUUCUGCUUCUGCCUCUGCUCCAGGUGCUUCCGCCCCAGGUGCUUCUGCUUCUGCGUCCGCCCCAGGUGUUUCAGGCCCAGCUUCAGCUGCUACCACACCAGUCUCAACCAGUGCCGUGGCUGCUUCCAGCCCUUCGACUCCUCAAGGUUCCUCAAGUGCAUCUCCCGUUGCACAAUCGGUCUCAACUUACGAAGGCUCGGCAAACGUUCUCAGAGCAGGCUUGCUCUUGGCCCUACCUUUGGCCCUUUUGUAA